ACGUAAACGAAAGCAAUGCUUGCGAUAGUUUUGUAGAAAAUCGUGAAGUAAAUUAUAGAAGCACUUUCUUUACAACGCUUUAGGGCAGAAUUAGUAAUAGUGUUUGGAACUAUUAAUAGUGUUACAAAAGAAUUAAGUGAAAAAUCUUGUGAACCAGUCACAUAUACGGCUUCAACAUGGCUAUGUCCAAAACAACCAACACCUACAAUCGGCAAAAUUGGGAAGAUUCAGAGUUUCCCAUUCUCUGCCAAACGUGUCUCGGUGACAAUCCUUACGUGCGUAUGAUUAAAGAACGCUACGGAAAAGAAUGCAAGAUUUGUACACGCCCUUUCACGAUCUUCCGAUGGUGCCCCGGUGCUCGGAUGCGCUUCAAGAAAACGGAAAUUUGUCAAACUUGCAGCAAGCUGAAAAACGUAUGCCAAACUUGUCUGCUUGACCUAGAGUACGGACUUCCGACACAAGUGCGCGAUGCAGCACUGAAGAUUCAGGACAAAAUCCCCGAAAGUGACGUCAACAAGGAGUUCUACAUCCAGAACAUUGAAUCGCAGCUCAAAGCGGGCGGUGAUAACACGGUUGCAGCGGGCGCAGUUGGCAAAUCAUUGGCGGCUAGCGAUAUGCUUGCGAAGCUGGCACGUACCGCACCGUAUUACAAACGCAACCUGCCCCACAUUUGUUCGUUCUGGGUGAAGGGAGAGUGUAAGCGCGGCGAAGAAUGUCCCUACCGGCACGACAAACCAGUCGAGCCCGACGAUCCCCUCUCGGAGCAGAACAUUCGUGACCGAUACUACGGUCGCAACGAUCCCGUGGCCGAUAAGUUGAUGAAGCGGGCCGCUUCCAUUCCGACGCUUGAACCACCGGAGGACAAGACCAUCACCACGUUGUACGUGGGCAACCUCGGCGAGCACAUUACCGAAGUAGAUAUAAGGGAUAAUUUCUAUCAUUACGGAGAAAUACGUUCCGUAUCGUUGGUUCCCCGCCAGCAGUGCGCCUUUGUGCAGUACACCAAGCGAGCGGCGGCCGAAUUGGCUGCGGAAAAAACCUUCAACAAGCUCGUGUUGGGGGGUAAGAAGCUCACGAUCAAAUGGGCACAUUCACAAGCCAAAUCGACCGCUUACGCACAAAACUCCACGCCCCGCGGACCUGGUGGUGGCGGUAACCGAAUCUUUGACCCCGUACCUGGUCUUCCGGGUCAGCUACCGAUGCCACCGAAUCCGACGGACUAUUUCAACCUACAGGCGUCUGAAAUGGCCGUGCUGCCACCGGGAAUGAAAAUACAUCAGCUUCCGCCGGGGUUGAUACCGAACGCACCGAGCUACGCGUCCAUGUAUCCACAACAGCAGCAAGGAGGCCCGUCUGGUAUGCCGCCACCGGGGGCUGGCGGACCAAGUGGCGGAGGUGGUGGCAGUGGAGGCUCUCAGGGCAUGAUUCCACCGGCUAUGCAACAGCAGCAGCAGUUGCACUAUCCUAGUCAGGAUCCCGCUCGGUUAGGAGCGCUGAAGAAGUAACAAAUGCCACAACAUGCUGAAAAUGUAUUUGGUGUAAAAUGUGUUUGUACUCAAAACAUUUCAUUUAAUAAACAAAACCAUAACUAGGUAACAAAGA